AUGGCGGCCAAACGUCAGAUGCCGCCCCUCCCGGUCACAGUGUCUUUGAUCGAUUGCAUAGGCGCGCUCUUGAAGGCAGGUAGAUACAGGUCAGCCGCUCAGUACUUUUCGGUUGCCAAGACGAAGCAUAUCGAGUCCGGCUGGGAUUGGUCGCAGCAGUUGGACUUAGCAAGGGCGCAGGCCAUCAGGUCGAUCACGCGGGGAAUGGGCCCCUCGUCUCCGAAGCUCGAUCUCUUUUUCGACGGGAUCCAGAACGAUUUCGCUAGUUCCAUUUCCCGUGCAUACUCAGAGUUGGAGGUGCCAAUCCCGCUUCGCCUCGAGGAGCCAGACACCACAGCGAUCACGGCAACUUGGUUCCUCUUACGAGGCAUCGAGAUAGCAAAUGUCGUUGGGUCAGAUGUUCGAUUCAAUCGUCAGGAACGCUCAGUUACAGUCCGAUUGCCAGUGAGCAAAACCGACUUGGAGGGCAAAGGUUGUGAAAGGAAGCAUUUCUGCAUAUGUCGCCCGAGUCACGAGUCAGGGUGCACCGGCGACACCGACUCGGCAGUGAUGUUCACAGUCUUGCAGCGAUGUAGAUGCAGAGGAGGUUUUAACGUUCUUUGCGUGUUCCACUCGUUGCUGGCUCUGGUCGUGAAGCGAAGGAGGGCCGGGUCGUACGAUCCCGAGCAGCCUCUUUUCGGGAAGGGCCCAAACCCUCCGACAGCCCGGCAGCUGACGCAGUUGGCGCAAGUGUGCGCGUUCGUACUUCAAAGAGAGACACUGUCCGAUUGGAGCCCAGUUGCUUUGGAGAAGUGGUCGCAACACUGCUUUCGUGUCGCUGGCUCGCAAUUGUUCGCACGCGCAGAGAUAAGUCUCCCGGUUAUCCAAGUGCUGGGCCGUUGGGGCUCGAUGUCAAUUAUGAGGUAUGUGCAAGACUCUCUGUACAUACCUAGCCGGACUUCCCAACAAGUUCGCGCCGCGCUGGCAGGUGAAGCAGCUUCGUCGUCUUCGGGAACAACACAGGCCGGCACGACCAACAACGUUGAGGUCGAGACAAUCGUACGCCGGGUGGUCGCCGAAUGCUGGCAAAGCAAGGCGGUUUUCGUACACAACACGAGGACCAAGGUCGCGCAUAAGCCGUGCGAGAAUGAGCAGGCACUUCAGAGUUUCGAUUGGGUAUCCUCUUGUGGCCGCUGGUUCUACGGAGUCCGGAGCAUCCAGCGAGAGCAGCUAAAAGGGAUUGUGACGGUAGAGCUUCAGUUGAAACCAAGUAUGGCAACGACCGCCGUGACCUUGCCGAAGUUGGAGGACCUCGCAGUGGCGUCAGGCCUGGACAAGCAGGUCGGCACCGACACCCUAAAGUUGGACGACGUCGGCGUUGAUGUGGCAGCGGCAGUGAUGGAGCACAUGAUCGACGAGAUCGGUAUACAGAGGGCAGCCCAGAUGGCCGCAUCCGCAGUUGCGCCGAGUCCGCCUCCUACCUUACCUGCUACUGCCAGUUCGAGUACGGACCCCAACAAGGCGCCGAAGCAGCUUCCGAAGGGCUACUGGGUGAAGAGAGUCAAGGAGUACGAGGCCGAGAAGAUCGAGGGUCGCAAUAGACAGUUCCCGGCCCACCUUUUGGUGGGAGCCGAGGAGACACUCGCACGUAUGGUCUACGAGAGAGAGCACUCCCACCUUUACAGUCCCGUGAAACUGGGGGAGAUAAUCUCUGUCCGCAACUUUACACCGAGUCGCCAGGUGAACCCUUGGGCCAAAUCGGAGGACAGAUUUUCGGAUGCAUUGAGCCUCGACGCGUCCGGAAGCUUGGUCCGCCGAGACAAACGAGUACCAGAGCCGCAGAAAGCUUUAACGGUGAUCGACGCCUUCGAGUCCGUUCGUUGGGCUAUGGUCUUCGCCAGGUGGGGAGAAGAGUAUGUCAUCGGCCAGCUAGUCGAUUUCUUCAUCAACUUGGUUCGCGAUAACCAAAGCAAAAUACCGCAAAUUCGCGAGUAUUACCGAAAGACGUCAUGGGACCUGGCGAUGCACAUGAGGGCCGAGGGCUCCUUCCAGGAGGGCGUCGAGAAGAUCAACACGAGCACAGAGAGGCACGACGCACUCGCUCGUUGGAUGCCACCCGACGGCAAGGGCAAAGGCAAGGACAACGAGGGCAAAGGCAAGCCCAAGGACACCGGCAAGGGAGGCAAAGGCAAGUUUCGCCAGACGGCCCCGUACGAGUCCAUGAACCAACAACGGCCUCCUUGCCGAUUGUUCGCCGCAGGUUUUUGCAAGUUCGGAUCUUCGUGCAAGUUCAGCCAUGUUCAGCCGCCGUCGGUGCCAGUGCCCCAGCAGAACGCAGGUCAGGCCCAGGCGUAG